AUGAUUAAAGCCCCAUCUUGGACGUUUCGAUGGCGACGACAUCUUUUCUUCUUGCCAACUCCUCCGCCUCCUCCAGCACCGGGCUUGGUGGGAACGACCUGGUAUAAUUAUUUUACUCGGGAUGGUGGACCUAACAAGGGAGCGCCUCCUGGCGGACCUUCAACGUCGGUACGACUAGGCCUUCCACCACCGUAUUCAUCGUUACCUCCUCUACUACCAACAUACCGUCCACCAAUUUCAUUCAUGGUUCCUGCUCCUAGUUUCCCAGGAGCAUGGACCGUUAGCACCGUCAUCAGACCCAGUCUGGAUUCCCCCACCACCCCUGCUAUGGCUCAUGCGGCGGCACAAGCUCCAGAGCCUCCUAUCCGUGGAAAUCAAGUUAAGGAUCGACUGAUAGUCGUCAAAGACCGUGGCGGAACGGGAUACGUAGCAUCCCAAAAGAAUGCGACAAUUCACCUUUUCACCCACAAUGUCCUGGACAAAUAUGCCGUGAAUGCCAAUAACCAAUUCUACAUACCAGCGCACGCAUGCGAACCAUUCCGAGUGGUGACCGCUGCAUGUUCGAUGCCGGUUGGUGAAUUGAUCGAGCAACUGGACUGCAUCAAAGAUGCUCCUCCCGGCUAUCUUCGAUACGCGAUCGGGAACGAGUGUGGGCGAGGCUGGUGA